AUGAAGGGGCUGCUGCUGAUGUGGCUAAGAUUGGCCACUGGUGCCUGGAUUCCGACAUCUGCUCGUGUUGAGGAUGGGAGCAUCUUUGGAGGCGUGGACAAUGGCUGUUUUCUUCCAUCCUCAGCAUUUGGCAUCCAUUACUACAGUAGCCUGGGUGACUUCCAUGGAAGCACGAUCAUCUUUGACUACCAAUCUGCACCAACCGCAGCCAGCCUAGCUCAGGGAGGUCGCGGCUCGGGUCACGCGGCUCCCGGCUGCAGCUGCCGCGGUGGGGUGGGGGUCCUGGGCGGCCACGGCGAGUCCCUGGCGGCCAGCAGCAUCAGCAUUCCGGCGGCGCGGGAGGCCGCUGUCCUCGCCCGACCCCGGCCCGGUCCAGUCCAGAGCGAGCCCGGCACCAAGCCUGGCCGAGCAAGGGUCUCCAGUGACUCCAGCUCCCCACAGCAAGUCCAGUUCUGCAGGAGCCAACUGUUACCAUACACAAUGCAUUUGUGGUUUCUCUGGAGAAGUCGGGCUAACACUGCCUCCCACAUGACAAGGGAACCCAGGGAGAGACCGACAGUGCACUGGACAAUGUUUGCUGAUGCUCCUGAAGCUGGGUCCAGCUGAUCUUGGACACCCUAACCACAAGAACCACCUUUAGGCCACCUGAGCUGGGUUACUGUCACUGACUCCCCAAAGGUGAGUGAGAAGACAUUGGAGAAUAGCCAUGUGUGUCCAACCUCCCCCCUAGGCUACCAAUCUCAGGUCUGCUUAUAGCCCAGUCACCUGAACACCAUGGAAGCUUCCACCCGAAGUACACCAGCUCUGAAUCUGCAUCCACAACCCUGU